UACUGUCUUGCUUAAGAAAUAGAACAGUUACAACAUGGGGAAAAAAUAUUUUGUCUUUCUGAUAUUGGGAGUCCUCUUAGCAGCUUAUAUUUAUGAACCUCUUCCAGAUAAUGUUGAAGAACAGUGGAAAAUAAUGCUGUUAAAUACUUUUUUAAAAACUUCAUCAUAUUUGGCUCUGUUUGCUGAAAUAUUGGGGCUAAACCAUUUCAUGGAAUCGAUGACACUCUUUUCAAGCAUUCAAGGUUUUCCACCAACAUCAGAUGAAAACAUAACUGUGAGAGAUACAACAUUCAAUGAUAUUCCUGUCCGUAUAUAUGUGCCCCAACAGAAGACAAAAUCAUUAAGAAGAGGCUUGUUUUAUAUUCAUGGUGGUGGCUGGUGUUUGGGUAGUAAUGAUUAUUAUACCUAUGACCUUCUGUCAAGAUGGACAGCAGACAGACUUGAUGCAGUUGUCAUAUCAACCAACUACAGACUAGCCCCAAAGUACCAUUUUCCAGUUCAAUUUGAAGAUGUGUACACUGCAUUAAAAUGGUUUUUAGACCCCCAAAUUCUUGAAAGCUAUGGUGUAGAUCCUGGAAGAAUCGGUAUCUCUGGAGACAGUGCUGGAGGGAAUUUAGCUGCAGCAGUGGCACAGCAGCUCUUAGAAGACCCAGAUAUCAAGAUCAAGCUCAAGGUUCAAUCUUUAAUAUAUCCUGCCCUUCAGAAUUUUGAUUUUGAUUUACCAUCAUAUAGAGAAAAUGCACAUUAUCCAGUUCUGUCGAAAUCACUCAUGGUCAGAUUCUGGAGUGAAUAUUUUACUACAGAUAGAUCACUUAAGAAAGCAAUGCUUUCCAACCAACACAUUCCUCUGGAAUCAAGCCAUCUGUUCAAAUUUGUUAAUUGGAGUUCUUUGCUCCCUGAGAAGUUUAAGAAAGGUCACAUUUAUAAGACUCCAACUCAUGGUAGUUCAGAGCUAGCUAAAAAAUAUCCAGGGAUUCUAGAUGUGAAAGCUUCACCAUUGCUAGCUGAUGACAGCAAGUUGCGUGGUUUACCCCUGACCUAUGUCAUCACUUGUCAAUAUGAUGUCUUAAGAGAUGAUGGACUCAUGUAUGUUACUCGACUUCAGAAUUCUGGAGUUCGAGUGAUCCAUAACCACAUAGAGGGUGCAUUCCAUGGAACACUUUAUUUUCUUUUUACUAAAGUUGGUUAUAGAGCAGCCAAUCAGUAUAUUAAUUGGCUACAUGAAAACCUGUAAUAAAAAUCUUAUCAAUAUAGAAAAAGGUAAGCCCCAGAAUUUCAGGAAAAAA